GCGAUUCAAAUAAGGCAGAGUCCAAGUCUUACAUUCUUUGGUAUCACCUAAUUUUUGGCACUCCCUCCAUCCUAUUUUGGAUGACAUAUUAAUUUUGACCUUAACAUGUAGGAGUUUAGGAGGAUCAUUCACACCUUUUGCUUUCCUAGAUUGAAAUUAUGGAAAAAAUCUAAUAUUAUCAAUAAACUUAAGGUCAUAAAUUACAAAGGCUACCAUUAUUUUUUGUUGGAAGUGAAAUAAAAAUGAGUUACAUAAAAAGGGAGGGAUGGAGUAUAAUGUUUUGAGCACAUCCGGCGGCCCUAACCCCAACCAUGGCUGCACCUACACCGGCUGUGGAGUUCAUCCAGUGCUUUGGACCCAAGAAAACGGCGGUGGCAGUCACCUACUGCAAGCGCGGGAAAGGACUGAUCAAGAUCAAUGGCUGCCCCAUCGAGCUUGUGGAGCCCGAGAUCCUACGAUUCAAGGGCAUUGAGCCAAUCCUACUCCUCGGACGUCACCGCUUCAACGGAGUAGACAUGAGGAUUCGCGUCAAAGGUGGAGGGCACACCUCACAGAUCUACGCGAUCAAACAGAGCAUCGCCAAGGCUCUCUUCGCCUACUAGCAAAAGUUUGUGGAUGAGCAGCAGAAGAAGGAGAUUAAAGACAUCUUGGUGAGGUACGAUAGGACUCUGCUCGUCGCUGAUCCCAGGUGGUGCGAGCCCAAGAAGUUCAGUGGUCGUGGCGCCAGAGCUAGGUUCCAGAAGUCUUACCGUUGAAGUAUCAAAAAGAAGAAUGUUCUUCUUAUGGUGGGUUUGUCUCAUUUUUUAGCCCUUUUAAUGUUCAACUGCAUUUACUUAUAUUAUGUUGUUCGCAGUUAUUCAAUACUAGAAAUGUUUUGAUUCUAAUUUUCCAAUGCAAAUUUUUUUCUAUCUUGCUCGAGUAAGAGCUACUCUUCAAUUGAUUGUGUUCUUUUACUUUAUGCAUUAAUGGGGUUUCAAACUAAACUCUGCUUGAUUAUAACCAGUAGCCCUUAAAUUUGUAUUCAGAAGUUUGGAUUUGAUUCUGGAUGGUAGUUGCUCUUAUUGGGAUUUGUUUUGAUUCUAAUUUUCCAAUGCAAUUUUAUUCUAUCUUUGCUCAAGUAAGACCUACUCUUUAAUUGAUUUUGUUCUUUUACUUUAUGCAUUAAUGGGGUUUCAGACUAAACUCUGCUUGAUCAUAACCAGUAGGCUUUAAAUUUGUAUUCAGAAGUUUGGGUUUGGUUUUGGAUGGUAGUUGUUCUUAUUGGGAUUUGUUUUAUAUUCAUAUGCUUGGCUAAAUGUGCACUUUAGAAGAAUCUAGUUCUACAAAAAGAUACCUGUUUUAGUUAUUUUUGGCUUUUUAAACUGGCUCAAUUGUUUGUCAAUUCCUGCUUUAAGCCUGAACUGUAGUGACACUGUUUGAUGUUAACAGGGCCAAAUGCAUGUGCUUGAUCUCUUUUGUUUUGACAUUUGUUUUUCCCAAAUAACUAGAUGUCUGAAGGGUAUGUUUUAAUCUUUAGAUGAUUUAAAUGGUGCCAAAGACUUGCUUUACAGUGUAAUGCUUGUUUCAAACCUUGAUGAAGACUGAAGAGGGUUCAU